AUGAGGAAGAACCAUCAAGCUGAUGAUAAACUGCCCUUAAUUUGACAGCAGAUCUGUGCCAACAAAUGGGUGUGAUUAUGGGCUUGCCUUAAAAUAACUCAAAUGAUGUCAGACCACUUUUCACCUGGACUGGGGGAAAAGUGUCCUUGAAUUCUGUGAAGUUCCUUUCAGCACAAUUAUAUAUUGUAAUAUUACAUUGAAAUAUUACAUUUUUCAUCUUACCUAAACAUCACAUUUUGGUUCUCCUGGGACAUGGUUUUUUUUAACAGAAACUUUUUCAGCCUUUUUUGAUGGUUGCAUGGGCAUUGCCUGAACCUGGUGACAUGCCAAUUGAAAGAUUUUCAGAGACACAAGAAGGUGACUGCCCCUUCCAAAAUGGAGAACCCUUACCAAAAACAGCCUCAGGGAUGGAGGAUUGUUAUGGAACUAUGGUAGGGAAGGAUUUACUUUCAUAUCCACAAGAAGAUCUCUGUGAACAAGCACAGGAAGACAUUAUGCUAACACCAGAAGAGGAAGACUCAUCUGUGAGUCUGGGCAUAAAAACAGAAAUGGACCUCUCCAAUGAGAUGUUUUCAUCAGAAGAUGAGGAUUUAGAUAUUAUUUAUAAUAAAAAUGCUUUGCUAACCAAUAAAAUAUCACAGAGGAAAUCCAUCACUCAGAUCAUUAAGGAUAAAAAGAAGCAGACUCAACUGACAUUGCAAUGGCUUGAGGAGAACUAUAUUGUAUGUGAGGGAGUUUGCCUGCCUCGAUGCAUACUGUAUGCCCACUAUUUGGACUUCUGCAGGAAGGAGAAACUAGAGCCAGCUUGUGCAGCAACAUUUGGAAAGACAAUUCGACAGAAGUUUCCACUUCUUACCACAAGGAGACUUGGGACCCGAGGCCAUUCAAAGUACCACUAUUAUGGAAUAGGAAUCAAGGAAAGCAGUGCUUACUACCAUUCAGUUUAUUCUGGAAAGGGGUUGACAAGGUUUUCUGGCAGCAAGUUAAAGAGCGAGGGUGGCUUUACAAGAAAAUACUCUCUUAGUUCAAAGACUGGAACAUUGCUGCCGGAAUUUCCAAGUGCUCAGCAUCUUGUCUUACAAGGGUGCAUAUCCAAGGAAAAGGUAGAUACUCUCAUCAUGAUGUAUAAAACCCACUGUCAGUGUGUGCUUGACAAUGCAAUUAAUGGAAAUUUUGAAGAGAUUCAGCACUUCCUAUUACACUUUUGGCAAGGUAUGCCAGACCAUCUACUUCCACUGCUUGAGAACCCUAUAAUCAUAGACAUAUUUUGUGUUUGUGAUUCUAUACUUUACAAGGUUCUCACAGAAGUGCUCAUCCCUGCAACAAUGCAAGAAAUGCCAGAAAGUUUGUUAGCAGACAUAAGGAACUUUGCUAAACACUGGGAGCAGUGGGUCGUUUCAUCUCUCGAAAACCUUCCUGAGUCCCUUUCUGAAAAGAAACUUCCAAUAGCCAGGAGAUUUGUAUCAUCUCUGAAAAGGCAGACAUCAUUCCUACACUUAGCCCAGAUUGCACGCCCUGCCCUUUUUGAUCAGAAUGUGGUUAACUCCAUGACAUCUGACAUUGAGAAGGUGGAUUUGUGCAGCAUUGGAUCUCAGGCUCUUCUUACCAGUUGCAGUGGUGCAGAUUCAGAUUGUGAUGUCUACACUGAGUUGUUUCAAGAACUAAAGGAUCUAUUGAAAAAAAAUGCUACAGUUGAAUCAUUUAUAGAAUGGUUGGACAAUGUUGUAGAGCAGAAAGUUAUAAAGGCAAGUAAGCAAAAUGGAAAGUCACUGAAGAAGCGAGCACAGGAUUUUCUUUUAAAGUGGAGUUUCUUUGGUGCCCGUGUUAUGCACAAUUUGACUCUCAACAAUGCAUCUAGCUUUGGUUCAUUUCAUCUGAUUCGAAUGUUGCUUGAUGAGUAUAUUCUUCUGGCAGUAGAGACACAGUUUAACAAUGAUAAAGAACAAGAGCUUCAGAAUUUACUGGAUAAGUACAUGAAAAAUGCAGAUGCAAGCAAAGCCACUUUUACAGCAUCCCCAAGCUCCUGCUUUCUAGCAAGUCGCAACAAGUCUGGCAAUCUUUCAACAGAUUCUUCUGUAAAAAAUGAAUGUCUUCAGAAACAGACUUUUACAACUUUGUCAUCUGAGCAGCAUUCUGGUCUUGUUAGUGGCAUGCACGCCUUUGCAAAUGGAGACAAUGAAAAUAUUCAACUUACAGAUCCAGUGGACAUAUCCCAAAGCACAGGACAUCUGAUGACUCCACCUAUGUCACCUGCAAUGUUAAAUAGGGGAAGUGUUAUAAACCAAGGACCAAUGGCUAUAAGGCCCUCCAGUGUUGGCCCAGUCUUGCCAAGUCACGCACAUGUUUCCUCAUUUUCAGACACUCCUUAUGAAAACCAUCCAUCAUCAAACCAGAACUAUUUUGCAACUGGUUCAAACUAUCAAGCAAUGUUUCAUGCUCAGCCCCCCAAUGGAGUUUUCAUCCGUCGGGUGGAUCAAAGCCGAUAUACACCUAUCAAUGAGCAACAAAUUUCCAGGGACUAUUUUACUAGCAGCUGUGCAGUAUCUCCCUACAGUGGACAUCCCUCUUCAAACUACGGACCAUCAACAAGUCCCCAAGAAAUACACAGCAUGCAGUUCAUUAACACCAGGGGAUUCAAUUUUUUGGGCAGUUCUGGAGGGUGUCAGAAUGGGAAUUAUUCAUCUAAUUCUUCCAAUGGAUACUAUGGGAAUAAUUUAAGCUACCCAGAAUCCCACAGGCUUGGAUCCAUGAUUGAUCAGCAUGUAUCAGUAAUCAGUAGUGUCAGCAGUAUUCGCCCGCUUCACUCAUUCAAUGACAUCCAUGAUCCACUUAAUAUAUUAGAUGACAGUGGAAGAAAACAGCUUGGAUCUUUUUAUGCAGAAACACCAUCUCCUAUCAUUUGUCGUAAAUCCAUGGCCUCAAAUAUGCCAAGUGUGAUAUCAGCAUCCACUUCCCAGUGUAUGUAUGGAGCUUCAGGCCAGUACAUCUCUCAAGAAACCGGGCAGCCCAGUGAUGUCAGAGAAUUAGUGCCAUCAUUGCCUCCAAUCAACACAGUGUUUAUGGGAGCAGCAUCAGGAAGCACAUGAAGGCAGUUCUACAGUCCCCUUAACACUUCUACUUAGAGCAAAUACUUGUCACUGGACAUAGAAUUAUACAGACCUAAGCUGGAAGCUGUACUUGCAGCAGAAGACUUUUAUGAUCUCCAAGUUGAAAACUGUGCCUGUUUCUUUGUUCCUGUGAAGCACAACCUGC